UAUAGGUAUCUCUGUCUGAUGGAAGCACUGCCUCACAAGGAGAGAGGUAGGGUGGUACAAGAUACCCAAAACUCAUCACCAGUCACAAAAAGACAUAUUUUUCUUGUUUUGAUACUGCCCAUAUAGAUACAUAGCUUCAUUGUCUCAAAUCUAUAACAAAAACUAUACAUGUUCUGUGGCGUUAUAAUUGCCAUUUUUUUUUAGCAUAGUCACAACAAUCAUUGAUCAUACAUUCGCAUUCAUAUCCAAUUGUUUCCUGUGAAGGCAUGUUUUCUGGGUUUCUUAUGGGCAUGGAGAAGGUGACGGCCGGAGAAACAGAGUCUAUGAGAGGCAAGAUUGAUUGCGCAAAAGAGCGUUUGGUGAUAUUCGGAGAGAAGAUGAGAAAACUGCCCGGAUCGACAUGGGAAACAAUUGGGAAGGUAGGGCGAGACGAUCCGAGGAGAGUGAUUCACGCAUUGAAAGUCGGAUUGUCGUUGACGUUGGUCUCACUGUUGUAUCUAAUGGAGCCACUGUUCAAAGGGAUUGGACAGAACUCAAUUUGGGCUGUCAUGACUGUGGUUGUAGUCCUUGAGUUCACCGCAGGAGCAACUCUGUGCAAAGGAUUGAAUAGAGGACUCGGAACAUUGUUAGCGGGAUCACUGGCAUUUGGGAUCGGGUAUGUUGCCGAAGAAUCUGGUAGGGUUCUUCGAGCUAUAUUCAUUGGAGCUGCUGUUUUUUUCAUUGGAACUGCAUCCACAUACACAAGAUUCGUGCCAUACAUAAAGAAGAACUACGACUAUGGUGUGGUGAUAUUUCUUUUGACUUUCAAUCUUAUAACUGUGUCCAGCUACCGUGUGGAGGAUGUGGUAAAAAUAGCUCAUGACCGAUUUUACACUAUCGCCAUUGGUUGUGGAAUUUGUCUUCUCAUGAGUUUGUUGGUUUUCCCGAAUUGGUCUGGAGAGGAGCUCCAUAACUCCUCUGUCUCCAAGCUUGAAGGAUUGGCAAAAUCAAUUGAAGCAUGCGUCAAGGAGUACUUUAGUGAGGAGGAGGCAAAAGUAACCGAAGAUUGCAAAUCAUCGGAAGAUCCCAUUUACAAGGGUUACAAGGCAGUUUUGGACUCAAAAUCUAUAGAUGAGACUUUGGCAUUACAUGCAAGUUGGGAGCCGAGGCACUCAUGGCAUUGUAGGUUUCCAUGGCAGCAGUACGUCAAAUUGGGAUGUGGCCUUCGCCAUUUUGGUUAUACUGUUGUUGCUCUACAUGGUUGUUUGCAAACUGAGAUUCAGACACCGAGGACGGUCCGUGCCCUCUUCAAAGACCCCUGCAUCCGACUCUCAGCAGAAGUAUCAAAAGCGCUUAAGGAACUAGCUGAAAGCAUAAGAAGCCGCCGCCAAUGCUCGCCGGAAAUCCUCUCCGACCACCUCCACCAAUCCCUAUCUGAUCUCAACACCGCCCUAAAAUCCCAACCCCGGCUCUUCCUCGGCCCCAACACAAACCAAUCCACCAACAACAUCCUAGCCAACCUAGCAGCUGCGGACGCCGCAGCCCCACAAAAGCUCGAAAAGCACUUUGGUCCCUCAUCAAAACUAUCGAGCUUCAAGACCGACUCGUCGGCCUUGAUAGAGUGGAAAAGCCGAAGGGCUUCUGAACAAGCCAAGGAGAACGAGAGGAAGGUGUUGAGGCCGACGUUGAGUAAAAUUGCGAUCAUGAGCCUCGAGUUUUCUGAAGCGCUCCCGUUUGCGGCCUUUGCUUCUUUGCUUGUGGAGACGGUGGCCAGGCUUGACCUUGUGAUUGAGGAAGUUGAGGAGUUGGGGAGGGUGGCUAGGUUCAAGGAGUACAGAGAUGGGGCUGAUGAUGAUCAUGUGGUGGUGGUUGUGAAUAAUUGUGAAGGGCGUAAGGUGGAGAAAAAUGCAGGGGAUUUGAACCAUUUGCCUUCCCAUGGAACAGAUUAAUUAAUUAAUAGCUAGAGUGUUUUUUCUUUUGUUGUUGAAUCAUUGUUUGGGUACCAUUUGAUUUUGCACUUUACAUCCAAAUCAUGUGUCUUAGGUAAAACUCAUCAGAUAAUACGUACUUCGUUGUUAUUCACAGUUGUAAAUUGUAAUCACCAUAUGACGUUAGUAUGACUGCGUGCUAUGAGAUUAUAGUACGUACUAUGUAGUAAGAAUUAGACUAGAUGAAUAUUAGUAAUUGGAGUUUUUCUUUUGGAAA